UAGCUGGUGUUUGGCACAUGUGUUCAUUGCUUUCUUCGGAUUUCCAGGAUUCGGAGUGUCGCUAAUGUACUCCCCAAGUAUGAUAAUGGUCGGGAAAUACUUCCACAAGGGGCACGCCACAGCCAAUGGGAUAGCGAUCAGCGGGACCGGAGUCAGUAUGUUUGUCCUCUCGCCGCUCUCCCAGUUCCUUAUUGACGAGUACAGGUGGAAUGGCGCUCUCCUCAUUUUCGCCGGCAUUACACUUAACGGCUGCGUCUGUGGUGCCUUGCUGCGACCCUUACAUCUGGAAGGUGCUGGUAAAGUCGAAGAGGCUGAAACUGAAAAUGAGGAGGCCACAGACUCAUCGAAAACGUGUGAAGCCGUCGUUCUACUCUGUCGAAGGGUUGUGGAAAUGUUUGACGUGACUUUAUUGAAAAGUCGACAAUUUCUUGUCUACAGUCUGUCCUUCUUCGGAUUGAUGUUGGGGUAUUCUAUGAGUUUUCCGCACCUGGUGUCCCACGCCCAAGGUCUAGGAGUGGAGAAAACGCAAGCGGCAUUCCUUUUGUCCAUUUUGGGCAUUGUCGAAACUGUGGCAAGGCCAGUAAACGGGUGGCUGUCCGACAGGCUACCCGUCAGAAAACUGUACUAUUACAUGGUGGGUUGUGUCGGUUUGGGAAUAUGCAAUGUGGCCAUACCACACUCGCGAACAUACGCAGCCCUCGUGGCGUGCAUGGUGUUCUAUGGGAUUUCUUCUGGCAUCUUCUACCCGCUGAUCGCCGUCCUUGCAAAGAAAUACAGCGGCGUUUCCAGGAUUGGCGGUGGGCUCGGUUGGGCGUUCGUCUUCAAAGGUGUAGCAUUUCUUCUCGGACCACCUAUUGCAGGCUGGCUGUAUGACGCAACUGGAAACUACGACAUGUCCUUCUAUGCAGCUGCGACCUUCAUCUUCGCCUCCGUGGCCGUUCUCCUCCUCCUCGUGCCGAAGAAAGGGAAAAGCUGGGCGCUGGAGUCUGGGAGGCCUGCCGCUGACGUCCCACAUGACGAGUGCGACGGGGUCGUUGGACUUCAAGCUAUCCAGCUAUCCUUCGAUACCGUAACUACCGUAGGACAAAAUAACCCAGUGUUCGAACGCGAGAUGUAAACCAUAAGUUUUGCUAUUAUUUACCUGUGCGUAGUUUCACUUCACUUCAUGGAGUGUUCUAUAGAUAUAUAUGUAUGAUAUGUUACGCAAUAAGUUAUUCAAAUUCCCAUGUUAAAAUACUACAGAUUUUAAGAUACUAGAUACGGUAGAUUUGACUAGUCAUGUAUAUUUAGAUCCGACAGCUACCAUUAUGCUAAGAUAAGAACAGAUAGUGACACCCAUGUUUAGUCCCAAAUAAUGGUA